AACGGGCCUGGUCUGACAGCUGAAGCUGGUCGCGCCUCCAACCGCGAAGAAUCGGGUGAUGAGCUCAGGGCACCAGGCGACCGGCCCCGUCACAACAUGUUCCGCUCCAAGAUUCGCAUUCACACGUGUCAAGUGAUACUGCUCACGUCGCUGGUAUGGUUCCUGGUGGACGUGAUGGUGCUGAUGUUCUACUCGGACUGCAUCGGCGGGUCCGGAUGGGGUUGCACGGAGAACGGCAAACAACAGCAGCAACAGCAACAGCAACAGCAACAGCAGAUACUAACGGAGGAAAUCGUGCCGCCGCAUCCGAAGGCAGCAGCGUUGUCGAAAGAGGAGGAACAGAUACAGUCGAGCGGCCAUCAAAGUAGAAAACGGUACAAACGGUCGGAGCUGCAUUUGUGGAGGCCGGCGAAGGUUAUCCGCGAGAAUAAAGGGAUGCCCGGCGAGAUGGGCGCGGCAGUGCACAUCUCGCCGGAAGACGAGGCCAGGCAACAGGAGCUCUUCAAACUGAAUCAAUUCAACCUGAUGGCCAGCGAUAUGCUCUCGUUGAACCGGUCGCUCAAGGAUAUUCGAUUAGACGGCUGCAAGACCAAGAAGUACAACAAAUAUCUGCCGGACACCAGCAUCGUCGUAGUGUUCCACAACGAAGCGUGGAGCACGCUGUUGAGGACCGUUUGGUCGGUCAUUAAUCGGUCCCCGCGUACCCUGUUGAAGGAGAUCAUAUUGGUGGACGAUAAGAGCGAGCAAGAUCACUUGAAACAAGACCUGGAGGAUUAUGUAAAAACGCUACCAGUCCCUACGUACGUGUACCGUACCGAGAAAAGAUCCGGUCUAAUCAGAGCCAGACUACUAGGGGCGAAACACGUGAAAGGACAAGUUAUAACGUUCCUGGACGCUCAUUGUGAAUGCACAGAAGGUUGGCUGGAGCCUUUGCUGUCCCGGAUCGCCGAAGAUAGGACCACCGUUGUCUGUCCAAUCAUUGAUGUGAUUAGCGACGAUACCUUUGAGUACAUUCCAGCCAGCGACAUGACAUGGGGUGGUUUCAAUUGGAAACUGAAUUUUAGAUGGUACAGAGUGGCGCAAAGAGAAAUGGAUAGGAGAUUAGGGGAUAGGACAGCCCCUCUGAGGACACCAACUAUGGCCGGCGGUUUAUUUUCUAUUGAUAAGGAUUAUUUUUACGAAUUGGGGGCAUAUGACGAGGGCAUGGAUAUUUGGGGCGGUGAAAAUCUCGAAAUGAGCUUCCGGGUAUGGCAAUGCGGUGGGACGUUAGAAAUCAGUCCAUGUUCACAUGUUGGACAUGUGUUCCGAGACAAGAGUCCGUAUACAUUCCCUGGUGGUGUCAGCAAAAUAGUUCUACACAAUGCGGCUAGGGUGGCCGAAGUCUGGAUGGAUGAGUGGAGAGAUUUUUACUAUGCCAUAAACCCAGGAGCUCGAAGCGCAGUUGUUGGAAAUGUAUCUGAGAGAAUUAAACUAAGGGAACGUCUUAAGUGUAAAAGCUUUAGAUGGUAUUUGGAGAAUAUUUAUCCAGAAUCUCCUAUGCCAUUAGAUUAUUACUAUUUGGGUGAUGUACAAAAUGUUGACACACAAACUUGUUUGGACACUAUGGGUAGGAGAACAGGUGAAAAUGUUGGAAUUAGUUAUUGUCAUGGAUUAGGUGGUAAUCAGGUGUUUGCUCAUACUAAACGACAGCAAAUUAUGUCUGAUGAUAUGUGCCUUGAUGCAGCUGGUCCCCAAGGUCCUGUUAAAAUAGUACGAUGUCAUGGUAUGGGUGGAAAUCAAGCAUGGGUUUAUAAUGAAGAGACAAAGAUGAUUAAACAUAGUAAUACAGGACAUUGCUUAUCAAAGCCUCGUUCGAACGAUGCAAUGCAACCUGUAUUAGCACCUUGUGAUUCACAGAAUAUCGGCCAAAAAUGGAUAAUGCGUAGUAAAUUCCAAUGGCAGGCCAGCUAAUACGAGGUGUUUACAAGUGCAACAUUUGUAUGUAAUACUUGUUCAUCUAUUUAAAUGCUACAUUGAAGGACUGAUAUUCAAGAGACUUCCAUAUAUUGAAAAAAAUCAAGGAAAGAAACACUAGUAUUAUACUCUGUAAAAAUAAUUCAGUAUCACGUUUUGUCGAUUUAUUAAACGUCGACGGGAUUAAUAGUGAUGAUAGUAAACAAGAAAUUGACUACACCUUGAAACUGAGAGAUUGAGGUUGAUGCUUUUUAGUUACAUAGGAUUUAUUUACUGUUACUAGCAGUAUCGUGUAUAUACUGCCAUUUUUCAUGGUAUGCCUUGAUUGAUAAUGCACAAGAGUGUUGAAAGAAAAAAGAACCUAUUUCCAACGGUGUGUGAAUGUACACAAGUAAGAAUGUACUAAGAGACACGUAUGUGAACAUUCUUCUUUUUUUUCUAGUAAACAGUAGAGAGGAAAGCAUAUCAGAUCACUGUUAUAAAUAAAUAAUUGUUAAUACGAAAAAACAGACAUAUUUGAUAAUAUGGGAUGAGUGCAAUGCUGGAUGACUGGAAGAUAUAUCAGUGCAUUGAAACACAAAUAUAUUGAUAGUAUAAAUGGCGCAUUAUUACAGAGAAUGAAUGAUAGAAUGCAAGUGACAUGAUUACGAUUAUGAUUUAGAACUUGUAUUGUACAAUUUUCUAGCAAUUAGGGAAGAGCACUGAAUCUUUUUAUACUGAUGUUUCUAACAGUUCCUUGUUGCAUCUCGUUCGUAUAAUUUAGUUGUUAUCUUCUUUUUAUUCGUUUAAAAAGAUAAAUGUACUUAUAUCUGAAUUCGCCAUAGCAAUAUGAGAUUAACGAGAUAUCGUUUAAGAAUAUUAAAAGAAAAAAAACUAUCGACUGUUAUUCACUGUAUUGUUAUACUUUAAAUACUUUCUUAAAUUCGAGACAAAAUGUCUUCCGUAUUUUCUUAAUGAAAAAAAAAAUGCUAGAUAUUUUUAUGAUAUUCCUAACAUCUUACAUAGUUAUAACUCUUCAUAGAUUCGGACCCUUUUUAUUUUCUGCACACUCGAAGCGUGCCGAAAAUUUAGAGUGCAAUAUUCUUAUCGAGUAAGACACGACGGAAACACAUUUCUUGUAACUAAUAUAAAAAUGUUGUUAUCAGAUUCUGGCGCCCUUCCCUUGCAUUAUCAUAAGGUUGAACAUCUUUCGUACUUCAAAAAGAGAGAAAAAGAUAGUCAACAAAAUAAAAUGAUGUUUCUGAGAAAAAUGUUGACUAAUAAUUAUACUUACAUUCGAAGUUGUGGGAAGAAAUUAACUGAUUCUGUAACUUUAAAUGCGAAGAAACACAUUAAACUACAUUUAUAAUAUAUAAAAUAUAUAUGACACUAAAAUUUCAAUUUAGGAACUUUAACACUUCAAGGAAUAUAUUCAAUUUUAAGUUACAUGAAAGAAUGGUGAUGGUGCAAAAAAUUAUCGUGUAUUUAAGCUUAAUUACAUAUUUAAUUCGUGCAAGACGAUAGUAUUUAUUUUUGUACAGAAGUUAAUUUUUAUUGAAUCAGUAUAUUAUUUGAGUAUGUGCUUAAUUGUAUUAGCAGAAUUUGUAGAUAAUUUGUUAGUCAUUUAAACUGAUAAAAUUUAGUUAAAUUCAAGUAAAUGCACAGAAUAUAAGAAAAAGAACAAUAAAGUCAAUAAUAAUUUGUAAACGAAUUUCUAAUCUUAUAAAUUAUCCAUUGCAUCGUAAAUUUAUACAUAUUUUAUCAUCUUUAUUUUACUUUAUCUUAGGCUAAUGUUUAGAAUUAUUUAUAAAAACUAUAUUAACAAAAAUAAUUGUAAGAAUUACAUUGAAGAACAUUAAAGAUUACUUAUUGGCACAGACGCACGAAUUAAUAAAAUUCAUUUUUAAGAAAUUUUUUGUUACAUAAGAAUGUUUAAGCAUAUGUAUAUAAAUACCAUUUAAGUAAAGAGAAAAAAAACUACUUUUUCUAUAAUUCAUAAUAAAGUUAAAUAUUAAAAUGAACAUAGUUUCAAAGACAAUAAAGUACUCUAUGUAUGUUUCAUUAAGUUUAAAUAAUAUAUAUGUGCAUAAUAUUUAAUUUCAGUAACU